CCCUUCGUUUCCUGCUUUUCCUUUGGCUCACAAGUUGCUAGGCGUCAUGACAUUGCUACCAGAACAAAAGAUAUCAAUGAAGAGCUAGACAAGAUUGCUAAAGACAGAGUUAGGACUGACUUGGUAAAAAGUGAAAUUAAGCAACCUAAGCGGUCAGAAAGCACUUCUUUUGUGCAUGUGUCACAGAUACUUGGUCGAGAUGAGAUCAAAGAAAAAAUAAUAAGUAAAUUGCUGUCUGGACCUAGUGAAGAAGGGGGUUGCAAUAAUAUUCCUACCAUCACUGUUGUAGGCAUGGGAGGAAUGGGAAAAACAGCUCUUUCCCAAUUGAUUUAUAAUGAUCAUAGAAUUCAGACUCAUUUUGAGAACAAAAUUUGGGUGUGUGUCUCAGACCCCUUUGAUCAAAGACAAAUUGCUAGAGAAAUUCUUGGAGGUCUCAACUCUGGUUCAACCAACCUUCAAAAUCCAAUUUCAUUAGAGAGUCUUCUAAAUGAAAUUCGUGAAAAGAUUGAAGGAAAAAAAUUCUUUUUUGUUUGGGAUGAUGUGUGGUCAGAUCGUGAUCAAGAUUGGGAACCCUUAAAAGCUGCUUUUCAGUAUGGCAUGCCAGGAAGUUGGAUUUUAGUAACUACUCGAAAGGAAUCUGUUGCAAGGCAAAUGGACUUGUCUCAUGUCUUUCCUCUAAAACAAUUACCUGAUGAGAUGUGUUGGUCGAUAAUUGCUCAAAUAGCAUUUACUGGAGAAAACAGUGACAGGCGUGGAAAUUUAGAGGACAUUGGAAGGGAAAUUGCAAAGAAGUGUAAAGGUUUGCCGCUUGCCGCAAAAACUUUAGGAGAUCUCCUGCGAGAUAAACAAAGAAGAGAAGAGUGGCAAAAUGUUUUGAGUAGUGAGAUAUGGAAAUCAGAUUUUGCACAAGAUAUUUUUCAACCUUUAUUGUUGAGUUAUUAUGAUUUGCCCUCAACAAUAAGACGAUGCUUAUUGUAUUGUGCGAUCUUUCAGAAGGACUACCGGAUUCGUAAAGAUGAAUUGAUCCAACGUUGGAUGGCGCAAGGCUAUUUGACUUCUGCUGACAAUUUUGGGAGAGAAUUAGAAGGUGAAGGUUACUUUAAAUUUUUAGCAGCUCGUUCAUUUUUCCAAGAUUUUGACAACGAUGCUGAUGGCAACAUUCGUUCUUGUAAGAUGCAUGACAUGGUACAUGAGUUUGUCCAAUUUUUGACAAAAUACGAGUUUGUCACAGAGAAGGAUGUACAUUUAACUUUGGACUUAUCAUACAAAAAACCUCGUCAUUUGAGGUUGGUUGCAGGCCCGAAAGGUUUUCCCAUGUCCAUUAACAGCACUGAAAAAUUGCGAAGCCUAGUGGUAGUUUCUCUACCAGAUAAUGGUAUAACUAAUGAAGCCUUACAGAACUUGUUUAGUCAAUCCAAGCGUCUGAGAUUAUUGGAGCUUCGCUUGCUUUUGCAAGGCGCGGAAGGAAUUUGCUGUGAAAUAGGAAAGUUGAUUCACUUGAGGUACCUUUGCUUGAUUGAUUGCACUGAUAUAAAAUAUUUACCUGAAGCAUUGUGUGAAUUGCGUAACUUACAAUCCUUGAUUAUUCGGUUUUGCCCUCUUCUUAAGAAACUUCCCGUUGGAAUCGGGAAUUUGAUUAACUUGAGGUAUCUUUCUAUUGAGCGUUGUCGUAGUGUGACUUACUACCCAAAAGGGAUCGGUAAAUUAACUUCUCUCAUGAGAUUAAAUAGAAUCAUAGUGAGAGCAGAUCGUAAUGAUGCUGAAGAACUCAGCAUUGGAGAUCUACAACACUUGGACCUCCUUGCUGGAAAAAUUUAUGUUGAACUGGAAGGAGAUGCAAUAGAUGGGGAUGAGGCUAAGAGAGCCAAGCUUCACAACAAGAUACAUCUCAAGCAAAUGUAUGUAAGCAUCUCUCCGGGUAUAAAGGAAGACGAGGUAGUUCAAGCCUUAAACCCACCAUCCAACUUGUCUGUAGAAAUCGUUGACAACCAGGAGGAUUGGAUAUUCAGGACCAUUAUAGUGCCGUUGCAGUCAGGGCAGCUCGGGCGUUUAAAAACUGUAAUCUCGGGAAGUAGUGAGGAGACUGCUUGUUGAAAGAAGCAAGAAAACAGUUAGCCCAAAUCUUUUGUAGGGAUGUCAACACAGAGGCGACCUUAGUGGUGAAAGAAAUUAAGGAACUGUUCCUGAUGGCAAGAAGAAAAAAGAUAUUGAAUUCUGUAUGUAUAUAUAAGAAAAUUUAUGUAUAAGAUGUUUAAUUUUUGUUUAAAUUUACUUAUGGACGGUUUAUAUAAAUUUCGAAAUGUAUUCAUUUAUCUUCAUGAUGUGAUUUAAAAAUUAUUAAAUUUUAUUGUUUGUACCCAUUAAUAUUUGAGAUGAAGGAAGAUUGAUGCCA